AUAUAACAGAUAGACUCUAUUUCUUUUUCUUAAUAUCUCUCACCUUGAAAUUGCAGAAACGUCCAAGUUCCUCCCAUCAAGAGCUUUCCUUCAAGGUGAGCAGUGAGCACCGGGAGGUAUCAUUUUCAUUUGCAGCUGAAAUUACAGAAGCUCUUUCUUGAGGGGCUAGAAAGGAACUAACCACAUGGACAUGGCUGCCAAGAUAGAGUUAGGAUCCCAAACUGUCCAAGAGCUGCUCGGAAAAGGGAAAGGGGAACAAGUGCCUGAGAAAUAUAUCCAAAAAGUUGGAGCCCCAAAUGCUUCUUCGGCCCAGUUGAUGGAUAUUCCAGUCAUUGAUCUUGGCCUCCUCCUCACACCUUCCUCAAUCACUGCACAACAACUUGAGAAACUUCGAUCAGCUCUUACCACAUGGGGUUGCUUUCAGGUAAUAAAUCAUGGCAUGACACCUGAAUUCCUAGACAAGGUCCGCGAAAUGACCAAACAAUUUUUUGCACUUCCACUGGAAGAGAAGCAGAAAUACUUGAGACAAAUCAACGAUAUUCAAGGAUAUGGGAACGACAUGGUUUUUUCAGAACAACAAACACUUGAUUGGUCUGACCGGCUAUACCUUUCUGUAUAUCCAGAAGAGCACCGAAAGCUCAAAUUUUGGCCUCAAAAUCCCAAAUCUUUUAGUGAAACUUUAGACCAAUAUACGAUGAAGUUACAAGUGGUAACAAAAACUGUCCUGGAGGCCAUGGCAAGGUCAUUGAAUUUGGAUGUUAAUUGCUUUCGGGACCUGUGUGGAGAACAAGGGAAAAUGGAUGUGAGGUUUAACUUUUAUCCUCCUUGUUCAAGGCCUGAUGUUGUCCUGGGUGUGAAACCGCAUGCAGAUGGAACAAUAAUCACCCUUCUCUUGCAAGACAAACAAGUGGAAGGUCUUCAGUUUCUGAAAGAUGAUCAGUGGUUUAGAGCUCCCAUUGUUCCCGAGGCGCUUCUCAUUAAUGUCGGUGAUCAGGCAGAGAUAUUGAGCAAUGGAAUUUUCAAGAGCCCUGUACACAGGGUAGUGACAAAUCCAGACAAGGAGAGGAUCUCUUUGGCUGCCUUCUGCAUCCCGGAAUCAGAUAAAGAUAUUGAACCCUUUGAAAGCCUGGUCAAUGAGUCAACGCCAAGAUUGUACAAAAAGGUAAAAAAUUAUGUUGGCAUCUAUUUCGAAUACUACCAGCAGGGGAGGAGACCAAUUGAAGCAGCAAAAAUUUAAACUUACCCUUAUAUUUCUCUCUGACCAUCUAUUACACAGGGGUGGAUGCAUGGCACUCUGUUUGUUACAUAAGUUUUGACACAAGUUUUGCAGUAUUAGAUUAAUGCACUAUAAAUGGCUGAGAUUAAAUCUCACAACUAAUUUAUUCGUUUUAAUAAAUUAUGAAGAGACAUAAGCUGCCUGCAAACGUUUUCCUCCUUUCUGUUUGAGGUAAUUAACUUUUGAUUGUCAAAUCUACUUUUUUAUUUUAUUUUUUUAUAAAUGGUUAUUUAGCAUUACUCUAAUCAAUGAAACUACUGCAAUGAUACUUCUCAAAUUUCUUAGUGAAACUGAGUUGAACUUUCCUCUCUGAAUCAUGAAAGAAUUUCCAGAAAACUACUCGAUAGUUAGUAGAGUUUUGAUCAACUUGAAGGCUGUUAAUUUGACUAUUAAGUUUGUGUAGAGACUGUAAUCUGCUUCCAAGUGAUUGGCACAUCUGUGGUUUUGUUUCUUCUUCUGAGCAAGUAGAGAUAGAUAGUGAUCAAAUCUGGCUGCAGACAGUGAAUGGAUUUGAAAUCAAGAAAAUAACUUAUUUUAACAGCCCCUGUAACAUUAUGUCUUUUAAGUCAAUUUUUAACCAAUUAGUGUUAGGAGAGGAUAUUGGAAAUCUCUUUCAACAUUAGGAAAAACAAAUACUAAUUGUGUCGAUAAAAUCUACUGUUUUAUUAAGGAAUUUUUAUCCUAUUGUCUCUAGAUUUUAGUUUACUAUAAAUACCCCCCAUGUAGUUCUUUAAAAUUUAGUUGUUGAGAUAUAAAGAAAAGUUUAUUUUCCAGAGAUUGGAGACUACUUGGUGUGAAGCCAAAUCCCUGGAGUGAUUCCAAACCUACCCCUUUUGUUAUGCUAAACUACCUAAAUACUCAAUUCACCCAUAUCCUACAUCAAAUUUGGUAUCAGAGCCAGGUUUUCAUUCUCCUCGAGCUCAAAUUUUUCGAGCAUUUCUUGUUCUUCACGCCGUGUGUCAGGCGAUGGCUUCGACUAAGUCUGGAAAGACAGACUAGCCAGAGACGGACUUUGAACGUCUUGUUCAUAUGAUCGAAAAGCUAUCAAAGCAAGUGGCAGAUUCGGACACUAGAUCCAGACUCAUGGAACGUCGCCUUGCAGACUUAGAAGCAGCUAACCAACAUGGUGAAACAAGUGUGAAUGGAGAAGAGAGGAAUCAUGAUCGACAACACCAUGAUAGAAGGAAUGAUCGAGACGUAGAGAGAAACAAUUUUCAUUGUGGCUAUGAGCAAGACCCUGAUGAAAGGGUGAUGAAACCAGUGAAAGCUGACGCUUCUAAUUUUUAUGGUGAGCUAAAUCCUAAAGCACUCCUCGACUGGUUAGCUACCAUGGAUCGCUAUUUUGAGUGGCAUGACAUGUCUGAAGAUCGAAGGGUGAGAUUUGCUAAGAUAAAAUUGGUGAGUCAAGCUGGAUUGUUUUGGACCAAUGUUGAAACACAGCUGGAGAGAGCUAGUGAAGAACCAAUCAUCCAUUGGGGUGAGAUGAAAGAAAGGUUGAAGCAGAAAUAUCUACCAUUAUCCUAUCAACAGAGUUUGUUGGACUAGUGGUAAACUCGUCGUCAAGACAACAUGCCAGUUGCUGAAUAUAUUGCAAAAUUUGAGGAAUUCAUGUUGCGAUGUGACAUAAGGGAAGAUCGAAGGAUGACUAUUUCUCGGUUUAGAUCAGGACUUUGUCCAGAGUUUCAAAGGGAAUUAGAGAAGUAUUUAAAGUUGUCCAAUGUAGUCAAGCAAACUGAUUCUCAAAUAUCUGAUUUUCAUGUUGGCACA